AUGGUCGGCCACGAUGUGGACCAAAAGUACCUGGGAAAAUACGCAAAGUCUACUGCAGAAGACAAAAACCCUAUAUCCGCGGGACUCUACAAACUACUGGGGCUUUCCACUCUCCUAUCCCGAAAACUACUCCGCGCACGAAAGCAACGCAAGUUAGACCCAACCCGCACAACCAAAUCUCUCGAUCUCUAUAGGCAUAUCAUCUGGAUGGCUCGUGAGGGUCUCGGGAUUCUCCACAAUGAAAUACAGCCUGAAAUUGCAAAUUACCCCUUGAUGAACGAACUUCGGGUUCUUAUCGCAAAGCUCAAUGCCUCAUACCUCCAUAUCUUUGUCCUGUUCGACCACACAUAUGAAACAAGAUCUGCCAUGUCUCCUAGUUCUACACUGAAGGCAACAACUGGUAAUGGAACGGCAUCGCGUACGAAUGGCUCAUUGGGUCCUAAUGCUGAGAAAAGUGCAAGGGACCUAUUACCAGGGUCACAUCCUCUUAGACUGUCAGUGAAAUUGGAAUACAGUGCUUUUCUAUACGACUGCACAAGGGACUAUGAAAAUGCUCGACGUGUUGCACAAAAGGCAGUUGACGAAGCAUUUGCGUCUAUGGAUGCUAUGGACGAUGAUGCCUUUGAGGAUGCUAUGGAACUGGUAGGAAGCUUAGGGGUUUUGGCGAAAAGAAGCGAGCCAUCUCCCAAACCAUCUCCAAGAUUGGACGGCCAGGAGAAUCGACCAAAUAGGCAUGCAGCCCAAGCAGCUGGACAGCAUGUUAUUUGA